CUCAAGAGGAUCCUUGUUUGGCUCUGUUAAUCUCGACUCGGGCAGCAGCAGCACCGGCACACCCGCGCAUCUCCAUUCGUCCGUCCAUCUCUUUUUUGGACUGCGAGCGGGAGGGCGAAAGAGGUCUCGUCCCCUUUCAUUUCCUCUUCCAUUUCAUUCCCCGUCUGUCUUCGGAGGCAAAAGUUGACUAGGGUUUCUUCUUCGAACGGCGGUCUUCUCCGCUCGCUCUCUCGCCCCUUGCUCGUGUCCGACAACAGGGGAGAGCGGGGAUCGAUGAAUUGGUAGACCACCGAUCUUCGAUUCUUGUUUUAUCCGUCUUCUUAGCUUCCCCGAUAUGCGGGUUUGGUAUGGAUACGCUUAUUCCCCUUCUCCUGCUUUCCCCUCUUCUUCUCCUCCUCCUCCUAUCUCUCCUCUCUUGCGUUUGUUGAAUUUGUCGUUUGUUAGUAGCAAGCAAGCGAGGGGCAGGCGGCCUGCUUUUGUCCUCUACCAGGAGGCACAAACGACGAUGGAAUGGCCAUUGAGAGAGAGAGAGAGAGAGCUGAGCUGCGGGUGGGUUUGUUGGUCCGCUAAAUCACGGGCGCCGCCGGGCGCGGCUGAGAUGGUGGUGGAUCGCCAAGGGCGUCGAUCCCACGGGCUCUGGAAAUUGCAAAACUUUCAGCUCCAGACGCAAUAUGCAUUCGGCCUCCUGCCAUAGUAUUUGUUCUCUGAUUUUGUAGGUGCUGCAUGUGUGGGGGUGCCUUUUGCAUCUUGAACCUGACAGAAAUGGACUGCUGUGGUUGCUUUGGAUUUUUGAGGAAGCCUCGUAGAUUCCCAAUAUCGUUCCGAGGAUCCGGCAACCGGUUCUCCCAAGAGCUCCUUCUGCCAGAUAACAUCGAAGAUGCAGAUGGCAUCUCGUACAGUGGAGACAGCAUAAAUGCAACUGACAGUGGCAUGCAUCGGUCGGUCAAGCGUUCUGAAGAAAUCCUCUUGUCAAGAGCUCAAAAUGGCUUGAUAUGCAGGGAAGUCCCGGUAAAGGAAACUUGGAAAGUUAAACUCUCUGAGGAUGAAAAUGGAAAUAAAAUGGUUAACGAAUAUGUUCGAGAGUGUAAGAUUGGUUCGGGCAGUUAUGGGAAAGUGGUGCUCUACCGAAGCAUUAAAGAUGGGAGACAAUAUGCAAUCAAGGUUUUCCACAAAUCACAUUUGGUAAAGUUGAGAGUGGCACCUUCAGAAACAGCCAUGACUGAUGUUCUCCGGGAGGUAUCCAUCAUGAAAAUGCUGGAUCAUCCCAAUAUAGUUAAUCUCAUUGAGGUGAUUGAUGACCCAAACACAGAUCACUUCUACAUGGUUCUAGAAUAUGUGGAAGGGAAGUGGGUAUGUGAGGGUUCUGGUCCAGCUAGUGGUUUAGGAGAAAGUACAUCUAGAAGAUACUUGCGGGACAUAGUUGCAGGUCUUGUGUAUCUCCACUCUCAUAAAAUUGUUCAUGGGGAUAUUAAACCGGAUAACCUCUUGGUGACAAGCGAUGGCAAAGUGAAAAUCGGAGAUUUCAGUGUUAGCCAGGUUUUUGAGGAUGAUAAUGAUGUGCUCCGGAGAUCUCCAGGCACUCCUGUCUUUACCGCACCAGAAUGCUGCUUAGGUUUAACUUACCAUGGUAAAGCUGCUGACACAUGGGCUGUAGGUGUUACUUUAUAUUGUAUGGUUUUGGGUCAGUAUCCAUUUCUUGGGGAUACGCUGCAGGACACUUAUGACAAGAUUGUUAAUAACCCAUUGGUCGUGCCUGAUGACAUGAAUCCGCCAUUGAAGAACUUGUUGGAAGGGCUUCUUUGUAAAGAUCCCAACCACCGGAUCACCUUGAAUGCUGUAGCAGAGCAUCCUUGGGUCAUUGGAGAGGAGGGGCCAAUCCCUGAAUACCUCUGCCAGUGCAGGCGAAAAUCUUCUUCAUGAAAGAACUUGCACAAGUCAGUGAGGAAUGCUAAUUUGAAUUUAUGCCGGAAAUGGCUCCCCAACCCACCGGUCAAGGCUCGGUGGAAAAGCUAGUGGAAGCACCAAAGUGAAUGAAAACAGUAUAAGAUAUGGAAAUGAAAGGUUCUAAGGGUAGCGCAAUGGAGGAAUAUUGAUGUGGUAGCUGUAUGCAUUGGUUUUCUUGUUUUUGUUAUUAUAUCUUUCAUUUUACCUGCUGCGUGACAGGAGAGUUGAUUAAAAAUUGCAUGAGUGGUUUGCUCUUCUUCAUUGCCAACCGUCAAAACACAAAAAUGAGGUUUGGUUUUGUUAUAUUGGUUGGUGGAGAGUCUGCAUCUAGCAUUUGUUUGAUUUUUAGGAAGAAUUUUUCUUAUUGGUAUGUAUCUUUUGGGAAGGUAAUGUCUAAGUAUACGAUGUUUAAGAAAAAGAUUUUUGCAUAUUUGGUUGGUCAUGAGAAAAUGAUAUAUUUUAGAGUGGUCAAAGUUUGGU